UCACUUUCAGGGAGAACCAGGAGCAACAAAGAUGUUUUGCUGCAUUCCGAGGUCUCCCGACCCCAAGAAAAGGCGCAGGAACCUCUUUCAGACGCUGGUGCAAGGCAUCAGGAGACUACUCAGAUUUGGCAGGCCAGGAGCCAGCGUUGCCCCAGCGGUACCCUCCAACCUGGAAGAUGAAGAGUCCGAGGAAGAGGAUUUCCCCUACUCUCCUCCCAGCCCACAGAGCACAAUCCGUUGCAGGCCCAAAACCUGCGCUAACACCAGGCGCAAGUUUCAGUGUUUGGAGCUUGUACACAAGUGCAGGGCAAAAGACCUGAAGCCAAUGGAGGAAUUUCCUGAGGCUCCUUCUCCACCACUAAACCUGGAAGAUGAGGAAUCCGAAGAAGAGGAUUUCCCCUACUCGCCUCCCAGCCCAUUGAGCGCGAUCCGUUGCAGGCCUAAAACCUGCGCUAACACCAGGCGCAAGUUUCAAUGUAUGGAGCUUGUACACAAGUGCAGGGCAAAAGACCUGAAGCCAAUGGCGGAAUUUCCUGAGGCUCCUUCUCCACCACUAAAGCUGGGCACCACUGCAUCUCACUGGACAGGACCAGAGUCCUGCCAUGUAUCCAAAUCAUCACAAGCGGACUUCACAUGCCGAGAGGAGACACCAGGAUCAUCUCUCUCCUAUGAUCAUCCACAAAAUACCCAGCAUUCUGCAGGUGGCCAAGGAGACUCUGAGAUCUCUGUAUCCCUGCACGGUGAGAUUGCCACUAGCCAGCAUCCUGCCAGAUGUCCUCUGGCCAUUGCGCUUCUACCACCACUGCUGGGAGAGUCAGGCCCACUCCCAAAUCUUCCAGGACAAGUUGAUAGUGUUGAGCUUAGCCCACACCUGAAGGGUGAGCCAAGCUCCAGCCCAACCCCAACAGGGGAUGAUGGCGGAGAUGGGAUGCUCAGAGUAGCCCCCCUGUGGGAGAAGGUCCAAGGCCGGGAUGUCCCUAGGGUUCGCCAGUGCUGGGUGGUCACAGAAUCUGAGCUGGAGGAGGAAAUACCUGAGGAGGAUCUAGAAGAAUUCUCAGAUGAUUCUGAACUGUGAGGCCAACUGCAGAGGGUAUUAUUCAUUGGCGAGGAUGCUGCACCUUAGGCUGAGGGUGAUGAGUUCAUUCACCCCCGCAGUAGGAACUCAGCCCUGCGCAACAUCUCGCAGCUUCAACAGAAGGUAGUGGGCUAAGAAAUGCCCUCUUGGGCAGCAAGACCCUGUGUGAUCCUACAGGCUGACCAGAACCUAGUCACCUGAUAUCAGCCCUCAAAGGGCACUAACCCUUUUCCCUGCCUAGCCUGUCCACCUCUGGAGGCAGCUGACAAUUCAACCCUAGUUUUCCCAAACCUCUUUUCCCAGCCACAUGCCCUCUUUGAACUUUGACCUUAUUCCACCACA